GCCCGUAGACUGGCGUCGGGGCCGCCUCGGCCCGGAGCGCGGGGUGCGAUCUCUUCCGACGCCGUGGCUGAGGGAGUCCUGCCCGGGUGGAGUCGGCGGCCAGCGCACCGGAGCGAGCAAUUAAAAAUCACAUGACUAUGAGUCUGCUAAAUUGUGAAAACAGUUGUGGAUCCAGCCAGUCUGAAAGCGACUGCUGUGCCACCAUGGCCAGCUCCUGUAGCGCGGCAGCAAAAGAUGACAGUGUGAGUGGAACUGCUAGCACGGGGAACCUCUCCAGCUCUUUUAUGGAAGAGAUCCAGGGAUAUGAUGUGGAGUUUGACCCACCUCUGGAAAGCAAGUAUGAAUGCCCCAUCUGCUUGAUGGCAUUACGGGAAGCCGUGCAAACACCAUGUGGCCAUAGGUUCUGCAAAGCCUGCAUCAUCAAAUCAAUCAGAGAUGCGGGUCACAAAUGUCCAGUCGAUAAUGAAAUGCUGCUGGAAAAGCAUCUGUUUCCUGACAAUUUUGCAAAACGAGAGAUUCUUUCUCUGAUGGUGAAAUGUCCAAAUGAAGGUUGUUUGCAUAAGAUGGAACUGAGGCACCUUGAGGAUCAUCAAGCACAUUGUGAGUUUGCUCUUAUGGAUUGUCCCCAGUGCCAGCGUCCCUUCCCAAGAUACCAAUACCAUAUGCAUUUUCUCAACGAGUGCCCAAGGAGACAGGUUUCUUGUGUAAAUUGUGCUAUGUCGAUGGCAUUUGAAGAGAAAGAGAUCCAUGAUAAGAGCUGUCCUUUGGCAAAUGUCAUCUGUGAAUACUGCAAUACCAUGCUCAUCAGAGAACAGAUGCCUAAUCAUUAUGACUUAGAUUGUCCUACUGCCCCAAUUCCAUGCACAUUCAGUGCUUUUGGUUGCCGUGAAAAGAUGCAGAGGAAUCACUUGGCGCGCCACCUGCAGGAGCAUACCCAGUCUCACAUGAGAAUGUUGGCCCAGGCUGUUCAAAAUUUAAACCUUAAUUUAGCUCCCGUGCAUCCACGUGAAAUGCUUCCAUAUGAUUCUUCCUCUCCAUCCCGGGUUUCCUCUGGGUGUCAUACAGAGGUCCAGAAUUUCCAAGAAACCAUUCAACAGCUAGAGGGUCGCCUCGUAAGACAAGACCAUCAAAUCCGAGAGCUGACUGCUAAAAUGGAAACUCACAGCAUCUAUGUAAGUGAUAUCAAAAGAACUAUUCGUACCCUUGAGGACAAAGUGGCUGAAAUAGAAGCACAGCAGUGCAAUGGGAUUUACAUCUGGAAAAUUGGCAACUUUGGGAUGCACUUGAAAUCUCAAGAAGAGGAGAAAGCUGUUGUCAUUCAUAGCCCUGGAUUCUACACAGGCAAACCUGGAUACAAACUGUGCAUGCGCCUGCACCUUCAGUUACCCAGUGCCCAGCGAUGUGCCAAUUAUAUAUCCCUCUUUGUCCACACAAUGCAGGGAGAGUAUGACAGCCUCCUUCCUUGGCCCUUCCAGGGUACAAUACGCCUUACAAUUCUUGAUCAGUCAGAAGGACCUCUAAGGCAAAACCAUGAAGAGAUAAUGGAUGCCAAACCAGAGCUGCUUGCCUUCCAGAGACCCACAAUCCCACGGAACCCAAAAGGUUUUGGCUAUGUGACUUUUAUGCAUCUGGAAGCCCUGAGACAGAGAACCUUCAUUAAGGAUGAUACGUUAUUAGUACGAUGUGAGGUCUCUACCCGCGUUGACAUUGGUAGUCUUAGAAGGGAGGGUUUCCAGCCACGAAGUACUGAUGCGGGGGUAUAGCACCCCUCACUUGUUCAGAAAAGCCCACAGCAAAGCACCCUGUCUGGAAAAAACAGCACCUUCCCUUGCCAUGUUCUCAGUGAUCAUAUGUAAUCAAAAAAAGCAGUGGGAAAGAAGUCAUACCUACCCACGAAUGUUGUUAGUGAGUUCGCUUACCACUACUUGUUUUAAAUAUCUGAGGCAGUUUUUUUCUUGGGAAUCUACAUGUUCCAUACUUUUUUUCAAAAUUGUUACAACUGAAGUGCCUGUGGCAUACUGCAGCAGCCUUUGUCAGCCAGUACACCUUAGUCAUACUCCCACGGGCUUUUGGCUCCAGUGCGUGUCAUUGUGCAAAAGUCCAGGGUUGGAGUAGUAAAAUGCAAACCUUUACAUGGUAAUGGACUUUCUUAAAACUUCAUUUUAUUUUUAUAGUAUAUGUAAUGUUAUUAAACCGGAGAAUCACUACUGCCUCGUGCUGGUGCCAGCGACAAGAGUUUCUACUCUAGAGUUGAGUUCUCAUUUUAUUUGACCUCCUAUAAAUUUCAGAGCAUUUGAACCUUAAUCCUUGGAAAGCGUAAGUUCUCAGUCUCCCCCUUACCCCUCAGGGGUAUUGCUAAGGAUAGUCAGGGACUAGUUAAAGCACUAAAUAUAGCUUAUUUAGUGUGAUCAUGUUGUCUGUCUUAAGUAUUAAAUUGAGCCACUGUCCUUCCUUGAGGCUACAAAGUAGCAUCUUCUCCAGAAUUUAGAAUGCUAAGAACUGUGCCGCAACCAACUGCUCAGUGUUAUAAGUCCUUUUUUUUUCCCCCGCCCCCACCUUAUAAGUCCUUUCUUGUCUAUUGAAUGCAGAGAGUUCCACAGCCCUGCACCUGUUCUCUGCUGCUGAAUGCUUCUGGGGCGAGGAGAUGCAUAAUCACCAAUAUGAAAAUUAAAAAUGACUCCACUAGUCAACCAAGGUGGCAUCUCUUUGGCGGUGACAAAAGCUAUAUGAACCAAAAAUUUUUUAGCUUUCAAACAUCCUCUGGUUUAGUUCAAAUCAAAGGAGCAGAAUCUGUAUGCUAAAAGCACAAUUUCUUAAUAUUCAGUAAAAUAUUCUCAAUACUCGGUAAAUAUCUCAGCAGAAGAUGUAGCUGAGGACUCAGCUGAGUAGGUUGCUUUAGUCCAAUGGAUCAUAGCAGGUUCUGAGGAAAGACCUAUGGAAGUGACUAAUACUCCUCAAAAGGAGAGAGAACUUUUGUGCCAUUUGAUAUUUGUUAAGCCUAUGGCUGUUAAAUAGUCCGGUGAAAUCUAGUUCUCAGGGAGGAGUCCCGCAGCUCCUACAGGCUCAUCAUAGGAACCUAAGAGAACCUGUACACUAUGCCAUUUAGCAAGACUGUGUUUGAGUUGUCUGGUCACCAGAGAUAUUUAUCCACAGAGAGGCCGAGUUGAAGAUCCUGACAAGCGGUCAAGACCAGCCU